AUGAGUGAACAGAGUGGUUCGUUACUUCGCCAGACAUUAAUGAAUGUUGAUGAAUGUUUUGUUUACAGGGUACCACCGAUGGCAACAAGUGGUGGACACCGAGCUGAGAACUGGGACCUUUCCACCCCACUAGAAACUUGUGGUCUCCAAGUGGAGCGGCGCGACAAUGAUCUUUUUCUACUUUUUACAACCGAGAGCCAUACGAAGCUUUUCGCAUUGGCGAAAUGUCAAAGUAAUCCUGCGCGUAGUGUGGAGCCUGUUAUGGAUAGUUCCAGAUAUUUUGUAACCCACAUUCAAAACAACCAAGGGAAGUCAGCAUUGAUUGGAUUUGGAUUUCGCGAGCGCGAUGUGGCAAUCGACUUGCUAGGAAACUUGCAGCAGUUUCAAAAGUCAAUCGAACGAGAGCUACAAGCGAAGAGCAUGAAAGUGAAGGAGAUCCCAAAGCUGGGAGAAGGAGAGAAGAUUCACGUCAAUCUAGGAACAAGCAAACGAAAAUCUGCAAACGCUAGUAGUAAGAAAAAGAAUUCAGGUGGCCCAUUCUUGUUGAAGAAACCACCAAAAUUUGCUUCAGCUGAAGAAGAUAUGAUUUCUAAUGUAUCUGAUAUGGAUCUGGCUGCAAAAAAAGGCAGCUUUGCGGGCCCGGAACCAGAGAGUAUAGCGGCUCAAACCACUCCUUUGUCUAUUAGUGGUGGAGCGGAUGAUGAAUUUGAUGAACUUGGAGAUGAUUGGAAUGAUUUUCAAGAGGCAACUCAGAGUGGUUCACCGUCAUAG